GCCCGGAAGUAACCUCCUCGUUUUCUCGAGAUUCCUCCAAGCAGCGCUGUUGGUCGAACCUAAACCAAACAUAUUGUUCAAAUGUUAUUAAUGUGUCACCGUGACUGUUUAAAAAUAGCUUUAACGUUUACACUGUAAUGCCCGUUGCCUCCACUUACACGGCCCCUGUCGGGUUUAACAUGGCGCACGCGGACGAAAUCGCCAAGUUGUGCUACGAGCGUUUCAACCGGCUUCCCCGGAGAGGGAAGCCUGAGCCGGGCAGAGAGUGGACCCUGCUGGCCGCUGUGGUCCAAAUCACCCGGUGUGCUGACUCCGACACAGUUGAGAAGGAGGUUGUGUCUCUGGGAACUGGGACCAAAUGUAUUGGACAGACCGCUAUGAGUCCUAAAGGGGACAUACUUAAUGACAGCCAUGCAGAAGUCAUUGCCAGAAGGGGAUGCAUCAGGUACCUGAUCCAGGAGCUGCACAGGGCUGUGAGUGGGGGGACCAGCUCUGUGUUCUGUCCGGCGGAUCAGCGGGGGAAGUGGAGGCUUCGGCCCGGAGUUUCCUUGCUCUUCUUCACCAGUCACACUCCCUGUGGUGAUGCCGCCAUCAUCCCCAUGAUUGACAGCCAGUCUCAGCCCUGUCCCCCUGUCACAUCUGUAAAGAGCCACGAAGGAACUGAUGGAAGAGGAGGCCAGAAAAGAGAAGCUGAGGUACCAAGUGAAGGAAAACAUGUUAAACGUCCCCGUCUGGAGGGACAGGAGACGGAUCUGUGCGACGGAGGAGACGCAAAACAAUCCCUCCUUUCAAAUUCACCCAAAAAUGAAAAUCCAUCGCAGAGUCAGCCCGCAAAAACACCUGGCCCCUCUGACAGCGCGGGACCACAUCCCCAGGUGCUGGACGUUCACAGGACGGGGGCCAAGUGCGUCUCUGGCGGCCCAGCCGACCCCCUGCGCCCCGGGGUGGGGUACCACAGCACAGGGGUGCUCCGAGUGAAGCCCGGACGAGGAGAACCGACCCGGUCCCUCUCCUGCAGCGACAAGCUGGCCCGAUGGGGGGUUCUGGGCUUCCAGGGCGCGCUGCUGUCCCACUACCUGCAGGAGGCGCUCUACUUCAGCACCGUGGUGGUGGGGGAGUGUCCAUACAGCCAGGAAGUGAUGCAGAGAGCUUUGGUUACAAGGUGCUCCCAUGUGACGGACCUCCCAGCUGGUUUCUCUGUGUGUCCACCUGAGCUGCUCCAGUCCGGCCUGGAGUUCCCCUUCAGCCAGGCCCAGACCGAGCUCCGACACCAGGCCGGACAGGGACGCAUCUCCUCCUGUGGAGCAGCCAUCAGCUGGUGUAAUGUGCCCGAGCGGCCACUAGAUGUCACCGCCAACGGCUACAAACACGGAGUCACCAAGAAGGCCUUGGGCACAGCUGGAGCCAGGUCUCUCCUGUGUAAACUGGAGCUCUUCCAUUCCUUCCUGUCUGUGGUGGCGGCCACUGAUCCUGAAGCACUUCCUGACUCCCUCAGGAGAACAGAGCUGAAGACCUACUGGGACUUCAAACAUGCUUCCCACUCGUACCAGCAGGCCUGGCAGCAGCUGCACAGCCAGGCGUUCCCUCUGUGGCCACGCAGUGACCGACAUCUCCUGCUCUUCCACUGAAACGCCACUCUGCAGCUGAGAAAGUCCUCGCCGGCGGUCCAGCUUGCCUGUUGGGUCCAGCUGGUCAGCGAGGUUUGAGGUCUGGAUAAAUAUUGUCUGGCUAUAUUGGACUCUCCACAGCCCAGGACACCCUGCUCCCUCAUGCUGGUCACAAGAGGUUGCUGACCGCCCGCUCUGUGUCCUCAGAUGACGGUUUUAUUUUCAUAAUGUAUGUGUGAGACAUGUCGUGACUGCAGCCGGCUAGUGUUCUGGUUUUGAAAAACCCAGUGGAACCUGUACCUGUCCUCCCACAGACCAAGCAUUCUUGUGAGACCAACUGACAACAGUAAUGAUCACUCAGGACCAGCGUGCUCACAAUUCAUGUCAGGGUAGAUUCCAUUCUUCACCAAACUCAUUUAUAAAGACAGAGAACAAGUCGGACCUGCAUUUUUCUGCAAAGGUAUGUCCCUCAUGGAAGACGGCAUACCAAAUCACCACAGGGACUGAGGACCAUUUGUUUCAUUGCUUUAGCUCAGCAGAUUCCACUGACGAGUAACGACCCACUUGGGCUCAGCACCAAACAGCAUGUUGUAAGUUACGACCAGGGAGCUUUACAGUGUGUAUUCAAUGUCAUUCACACUCCUCUGCAGUAGAGAGUUUAAGAGAUUUAGAGGUGGUGAUUUUAAGGGUGCGUUUUAAAUGUUCUUUUAAUUGUUUGCAUACAUUUAGCAGGCGAUGCUCAGGAAAAUAACCGGAGUAUCUCUCUGUUCAUUUGAAUGUUUUUCACCCUAUGUAAGAAAACAACAGCCUUUUUAUGUUCACAAAAAGUGUGGCUCAAAGUCUUAAGCCAGGCAAGCCGCUCUGUGAUGAUGUUUGCCAGGUGGAAUGUCUACCAUUGCCACCAUCUUUGUUCAGCGCGUUAGUAUGCUAUCAAUUGCUAAUUAGCGCUAAACACACAGUUAUAGUCAUUUAUUUCAAACAUUAUCCCGAUGCCGUUAUAGGUCCUGUUUUCUUCACAAACUUGCUUUGAGAUCACAUACUGUGAUCUUAUCUCUAGCUUGCUACAUAAACAUGAACGUGAAUUAGCUGCAGCUAUGAGCCAUUGGCUAAGACUAGAACAAGGCAAUACUGACCUGUGAUUGGCCCAAUGUCUGAAAACACAACCAAGAGGGGGUGCAAAAAUCUAUUUUUUUCUCAAAUUAAUUGAAUUACAACAUGCCGCCCCCAAAAAACCUGCCUUAGAACAUGAGUGUCUGUGCAUGAGUAUCCAAUACUUGUUGAGCAUGGCUACACUAGUAUUAUGUCCUAGAUGGUCUACAGGAAGUCUGGGAGAGUAACCCUGGUGGAGACAUCACUACAAAAUCAUUACAGAUUAGGUUACGAACAGGGGUCAUAAAGUGUGAAAGGCAGGGAGGAUAUUAUAAAGUGAAGCUGCAGAGAUGCAUUAUGGGGAAUUGAAUGAAGAAUUUAUAUUUAUGGCAGAAACCAUAAUUUAAGCCAUACUACUUUUGUACUUCAAAAUACCUUUUUUUUAACUUGGCAUACUACUUACAUUACCUGUAAUAGUACGACAAUAUCUCAAAUGUGCAUAAUUGCAUAAAACAUAAACAACUUUAAGACAGUGAUGUGAAAAAUACAUUUUCCUCCUUUUAAUCCUUUGUUCCUUUGUAAAUUGUAAAUGUAUCUGCAUGCUAAAUGUGCUAAAUGUUUUGUUAAAAUCUCUCUCUUCUCUUUCUGUAAAACAAAAAUAAUUUUGAAUCAUCUUGAACUUGGGGUAUUUAUUUUAAUCUACCCAAUCAAAUGUCAUUCUGGGCGACCAGCAAACCCCACCAUCAUAUAAAACCCCUGACGUUAGCUUAUGGGUCCCUCUAGUAACUAAACCACACCCACUUAUUCCGUUUCACAUUACAGACGCUUGAGACGCUCUAAGUGUUUCCUGUGACCUCAUUUCGUGCGAGAUGCAAAAAAGGGUACGCACAUGUAUAGCAUUACUAGUGCGCCGCGGUAACGUGAGCCGAGUGUAAAGCAAAGCAGGCUCAGCAGGUCAUUCUAGAGUCUAGAAUCUAGACAUUCCUCUCCUCUGCUAACUCUAAGCACGUAAUUAACAAAAAUCUGUUUCAACAAAGGCAGUUAUGUAAUGGGCCUUUCCCCUCACACAGAGAUGUCAGUGUGUAACUCUGGUAACCAUAGUAACGUCUCCUAAACGGUUGGUUUUUAGUGCUAGCUGGGCUGAAAUAAAAGACGCACGCCUUCAUGUAGU